AUGGAGCGCGCAGUCCCGCAAGGAACAGCAGAAACUGGCGCCAUUGUAACCGGAGACGGUGUCAGCUUAACCUACAGCCAACAAGGUCCUGACAACGGCAAGCAGAUACUCUUUAUCCCCGGUUGGAGUCAGACUGCUGCAGAAUGGAAGAAGCAGGUGUUAUAUUUCACCGAAGCCGGCUAUAGAGUGACAACAUACGAUAUGCGCGGCCACGGUGAAUCCGCAAAGCCAACCUUUGGCUAUCGCAUCAGCCGUUUCGCAGCAGACUUGAACGACCUUUUGAUAAAGCUUCACCUCAAAGACCUCACUAUUGUCGCUCACUCUAUGGGUUGUUGCGUCACAUGGGCAUGGUGGGACCAGUACCCAGAGUCUCACAAGCUUAUUCAGAAACUUGUGCUGGUCGAUCAGUCAGCGGAUUUCGUGAUUGACCCGAACUGGCCCGACGGCAAGGCCAACGAGCUCGCCGCAAUUUUUACUCCAGACGCUGUCUACAAUACUGCACACAACAUGUCAGCCGCGACGCCACCUUUGGUCAGGAGCAUGUUUACUAGUUCUGUCUCCCAAGAAGAUUACGAUUGGAUUUUGGAGCAGAACCGAAAGAUAAGCGAUGAAAACGCUGGGAAGCUGCUUAUUGAUCAUGCGUUCAAUGAUUGGCGUGACGUUCUCCCUCGGAUCAACGUUCCUACACUAGUUAUCGCAGGGGCAUUGAGCAUUUUCCCGGCUGUUGGAGUCGAGUGGGUUGCUUCGCAGAUACCUGGUGCAAAGCAUUAUACCUUCUCGGCUGAAGAGAAGGGAAGCCACUUGAUGUUUUGGGAGAAUUCUAGGAAAUUCAAUUCGGUGGUUGCGGUUUUUCUUACUGAGUAG